CAGUUUUCAUAAUAUUUUUUUUUCAGCUCGGGGUACAGAUUUCGUCGGUGGAAUAGAUAACGAAGCCUUGGAUUUUUCUCAGUUGGAGGACUUCAUUAACAGCGAAGGUUCACAAGGCAAUAAUACGUAUUUCGGAGACUCGCUCAACUCAACACCAACGUCUGGUAAACUUCUAAAUGUCAUCGUUGAAAAUAAAAGAAACAAUAUCGGUCACUCGCUUCCUGAGAGUCCUCCCGACAGCAGCUCAGAACACCCGUAUAGUCCUCAAGAUGGCUGUGAGGCACCGAUCACAUCACAAGAAUCGAUGUACACGAACCUGACACAAGGCCUCUACAAACCUACAAUACUCAGUCCCAUUCUGACAGACAAUAUUAUUUUGGGAUCACACAUAGUUGUUACGGACCAAAGUAGUGAGCAGCUAUUAGAAAAUGGCGGAAUACUGCAGGACAACGGACUCAUCGUCAGUGGAGAUAUUAGAAAUGGAACGACGAUUCUUAGUAACAGAACAAUACAGGAAAAUUUACAGAGUGAUCAAACUAUUCUACAGGGUAGGAUUAUUCUUUCGGAAUCCACUGUUACAGACACUAACCGCCCCAUCUUACUGUCAUCACCCGAAUCAGCGCCAAACUUCGACAGGAGCAUUUAUAAGAACGACGAUUUCGAUAAAAACAUGGUACAUUUAGGAUACAAUCACAAUAUAGAGAAUUUGCCUAGAAACAAUAUAGAUAAUAAUAUAUGCGAACAAAAUUUGGAUAACAUACAAAACGUCUACACGAAUUUACAGUCUGCACCUAAAAAGAGGAAGUUGUCCCAAGAUUCACCCUUAGUAAAAAGCGAGCCAGACCAUUGUACAACCAGCCAACUCAGUCCUUCCGAGCAGCUUAACACGUCAAUGGACGAGGAUUAUGCCUCUUCAGAAGCCUGUUUAUCAGAAUCUCAGUAUCAGUGUAUAAGAUUUAGUGCCUUUCAGCAAAAUAAUUGGCAUAUGCUUUGUGAUCAGAAUCUCACAGAAUUGCCUGUACCACAUUAUAGAGUAGAUGCAGAUAAGGGUUUUAAUUUCUCAAAUGCCGAUGAUGCCUUCGUUUGCCAGAAGAAAAAUCAUUUUCAAACGGUGCUCCAAUUUCCUUAUCCCAAUGUUGUAAAACUGCUUCACGAACCUGUUGAGGAAGCGUUUUACCUCUUCUGUGACCUCGUCAUCGCUCAGGAAGCGUUAGCCGCUCAAGUAUUCCUUUUCCUCACUAGGCACGAUGUCCGAAGUGCAAGGUGA